AUGUUGCUUACCAAGGAUACUGCACUUCAGGCAGAAGAGGAUGAAAAGAAUCGAUUUCUUCCAACCCAUCCGCAGUAUGAGACACACAUGGCAGUCAUGCAGCCUGAGCAUUGUGCAAGGGUCCCUAACUUUGUAGGUUGCAGUCUUCCAAGGAAAGACAAAGGAAACAGGGAAGAGUAUUGUCUUGUUAUGCUUAUGUUGUUCAAGCCAUGGAGGAUAGGUACAGACCUGAAGCAAUCUGGGCAAUCUUGGGAUGACGCAUUUGCUGCACACCAGUUCACUUCCCGUCAGAUGGAUAUCAUGAAUUUCUUCCAUAUACGAGAUGAUUUCUCUCAGCAGAGGGAGACUGAGGGCAACAGCUUUGGAUAUGAUGAUGAUGAACAAGAUCAGCCUGAUACAGAUGCAGAUGCUGAUGACUAUGCAGACAUUGUGCAGAAUAGCCUUACUGGAGAUGAUGGUGCCAUAGACUAUGACCCAGACUGGGAUGUUCUAGGAAAAAGAGCAUUAGGGAGAAUCACUCAGAUGCAGCAAGUUGAACACAUUGCCCAUACAAGUGCAAUUCACACCACUGAGAACCAUGACUGGCUCUGA